CGAUAAUUCCGGUGGCGCUUGUGAAAAGUAAGUUGUUAGCCGAUAAAAAGAUGUCGUAGUCAUAAGUUAAAAUAGUCUAAGUGGACUUAGUUAGUUACCAGGCAUAUUAAACAAUUCUAACCGAAUUUCAUCAGAAUUUUAUGUAAUUUUUUUUUUCAAAAGUGCCCACUGUGCAAUCGUGCUGCGUUGCAUUUUCGCUUGUUGUUGCUGCUUAAGGUGUUUAAUUGGAGUUCAAUGGUGUAGAUAUUAUACCUGCACUUAUUUGCUGCUGUUUUGGUGUGACUAUUGGUGAAUGUAUUGGUAAAUUUGUUCAGUUCGGCGCUCUGAAGCUCAGCGGUUUUGACAGCAGCAGCAUGUUUUCAAUAAAUAUUUCCACCACACCGCGCUAUGGCAACGGAGGGUGGAGAGAAUCAUACCUUGCUGCAAAUUUAUUGUUGUUGCUGUUGUUUAGUUUUCUUGCUUCCACCACUGGCAGGCUAUUGAACGUGGGUUAUGACGUUACUGCGCAUGAUUCUAGCUUUUGUUGUUGGUUUCCUUUUGAAUGCAGGUAUAUGGGUGUGUGUGCGUGUGUGUAGCAUGCAAGGUGUCGCUCAAAACUGGAUUUGAGCAACAGCCUCUUAGCGCAGCACAAAACUGGUUGCUGGCGCUCUCAGGAAGCAAGAGCCACCACCAAGAAGCAAACAAUUUUCCACGGAGGUUUUUGCUUUCCACUUCUUUGUUUUGUUUCGUUUCCAUAAUCUUACCACUCGCUGCGCAAUCUAUCGAUUUGGCCAAGCGCUAACCACUGCACAGCCAACAACAAUGCCAACAACAACGCGGACAACAGCAUUGUUUGAGAUGUCAGGCUGCGAAGGCAGCAACAUGGCUUGUUACUUUGGCCGCUUGGUUCAGUAGUUGGAUUGGCGCCGGAGAGCACGCGGAUAAACGACACAAAAGCUUAGUGAUUACACGGUCAAACACAGACACACAUAUAUAAAAUACAUACUUACAUACAUAUGUAUAUGUCUAUGAAUAUAACGGGUUCGUAGCGCUAAAAUAUUUAUAUUUUCGAAAUAUAAUUUCCAAAAGUAAUUUAUUUAAAAUAUAAUUUGAAGUGAUUUGCAGUGUGUGGAAGAAAAGUGAGUGUUGAAAAAUGUGCUGUGCGGCCAAUAUUGAUUUUAUGUUGGCGUAAAGCAGCCGCAGCAGCAGCAAAUAGCAAUAAAAGUGGUAGUGGCAAUAGCAGUGGCAGUGAAACAAGCAAAAGACGAAGCAAAAGAAGAAGCAGGAGCUAAAGAAACAGCCAACGGCAACGAGUAAAGGAAGCCAUGGUGAAUACGAAGGCAUACGGAAAGGCAAUAUCUACACAAAAAGUGGCGACUAGCUGUGUGUGUUGGCUAAAAUUCCAAAAAUCGUAAAAUCCAUAACAUAAUUUCAAACGGUGAAAAUAGAAAAAAAAAAUUCUAUCGUUACAAUAUACAUAUGUACAUAUGUACAUACAACAAAAAGCAUACAUUUUUGAAAGAAAUCAUAAAAUUGCAAAUGAAAGUUGCGCAAAGCCUAGAAGUGAAGGUUGUUAGUGCUUCAUUUUAGCCGGAGAACGUGCUCUGGAUCCGCAGUGUUAGCCACAUUUUUUUGUUGGCUGUUUGGUGCUUGGGAGAGUCCUGUUUGUGUAUUUAUAUAAUCAAUAUUCUGUGGCGAAUAGAAAGUGUGUCUCAUAUUGCUUGUAUUAUAUUAUUAAGUAAAAGUAAUAAUUAUUCCAAAAGGAAAUUAAAAGCCGUGUUGAUUCGUGUCACACAACGCAUAUCCGCAAUUUAAAAUAUUCUAAAUUGUUAUACUAGUGAAGUGCGUUUGUGUUUGCGUUUGUCGCUCAGCUAUCGGUGUUUCUAUCGGUGUCAAUUUGCCAACGCAAUAAUCUAUUGAGGAGUGGUAUAGAUGUAUUUAUAUAUACAUAAAGGCCAACUUCUCAUACGAUGCAUCCGUCUAGUGAACAAAUAAGUAGAAGCCGACAGGAUCUGGAAAAAUCAAUAGAAUUAUCACUUUCGCAUAAUGUCUUACCACAAGUACGAUCGCAUCAUGGCAGCGCUGCCAAUAUAUAUCAAGAUCAAACGGAUGAUUUUCGAAGAAGCAUGGCCUGCAUUCAAGAUGGACUGGAACAUAUGAGAAUAGGUGGCGCUAACCUUUCCUACACAACAGACAUCGACUUUCAUCGCCCACAACCAGAAAAUAACGGUACAGACAGUUCGGAUAAUACCUGUCAACAUCGGUGGACACCCACAAAUGGUUACCAUGACAAGGGUAUUGGAGUGAUGACAAGCCUACUGGGUUGUAUGAAACCAAUACUCUCCUUUAUGACCAAGACUGGCGUUAUCGAGAUCAAGGAUCCGAAAGAUUACGCUUGGGAAAUACCGUUUGAAUGCAUAACGGGGUUGGAGUGGCUCGGCAGCGGUGCGCAAGGUGCCGUCUUCAGUGGAAAGUUGAACAACGAAAUUGUUGCUGUGAAGAAGGUGAAAGAACUGAAAGAAACAGAUAUUAAGCAUUUAAGAAAGUUGGAUCAUCAAAAUAUUAUUAAAUUCAAAGGUGUUUGCACACAGCCGCCUGUAUUUUGUAUAAUCAUGGAGUUUUGUCCCUAUGGUCCACUACAAAAUAUACUGAAAGAUCAGCGGAAUAAGAAAGUGAUGCUGCCAUCACGUUUAGUCUCGUGGUCAAAGCAAAUUGCACACGGCAUGCAAUAUCUGCACUCACAUAAAAUCAUACAUCGUGAUUUGAAGAGUCCCAAUAUACUGAUUGGCCAUCAAGAGAUAGUGAAGAUCAGUGAUUUUGGUACAAGCAAAGAGUGGAAUGAGAAAAGCACGAAAAUGAGCUUCGCUGGUACCGUAGCUUGGAUGGCACCUGAGGUGAUACGUAACGAGCCGUGCUCGGAGAAGGUCGACAUCUGGUCGUAUGGUGUUGUACUGUGGGAAAUGUUAACAUGUGAAAUACCGUACAAAGAUGUCGACUCGUCGGCCAUAAUUUGGGGUGUGGGCAAUAACUCAUUGAAACUACCGAUACCGUCCAGUUGCCCAGAGGGUUUCAAAUUAUUGGUAAAUUUAUGUUGGCAUACUAAACCGCGAAAUCGUCCCUCGUUCGGGCAAAUAUUAACGCAUUUGGAGAUUGCCGGUCCGGAGCUUUUGCGUAAAACCGACAACGGCUACUUCGAGGCACAGCAAUCCUGGAAUGAGGAAGUGCGUAUGCAUUUCAAGGAAAUCUCACAAAAUGGCACAAGCAUACAUAAAUAUGAACAGGACUUGAUCAGACGGCGCACGGCUGAGUGGCAGCAUGCGCAGGACAUACGGCUGGUCUACGAGGAUAAGUUGGAGAAGACAAAUCGACUGUAUUUAGAAUUAAGUGAAUGCAUGACACAACUACAGGAAAAAGAAAAGGAGAUCGCUAUGCGCGAAAAGCAACUGCCAGGUUACAAACCCUCGCGACGCUUGGGCAGCACGCUACGAAAAAUACAAAAUUACCGUAGACGACUUAAUCCACCUAUUAAUAUACCAGGAAAUGCUCAAAAACAACAACAGUCGUCAUCACCUGACCCCGAAACAACGCCAGAGAGUCCACUGAAGGCAACACUCUACGCACAGGUUAUAAAUUUGAAUAAGACGAAAUCAUAUUGUGUGGCCACGCAGAAGCCAAAGAAAAGCAGACAUCGGCGGGUUGGUUCCGGUGGUUUGGCCGCUGUACCCAAAUAUAGUCCAAGUCGAGACCGGCGAUAUCAAAGCGAACCAGAAAAUCGUAAGAAUGUUAAGUUGGUCGACACUGAAACUCAAACCGAUGUCAUGGAUAUUAGUGAAAUGGAUAUUAGUCCAAAUGCCUCGUGUGCAAUGCGUGAUAUCUCUGUGACACUUGCUAUGGAGUCUGGUUUGCCAUCCUAUGAAGUUUUAUAUCUAACAGAUCGCAUAAAGCAGCGCCAGUCGGCUCAACCACAAACCGCUAUGCAAUGUAGCCAACAGCCGAUAUAUCAUCGAAAUGACCAACCACAACAGACAGAUGCAACGGCAGCGGCGCUUACACCAACCAGUCUGAAUGGUAAUUCCAUGACACCCUUGGAUGUGACAUUCCAAGAUGCAUGCUCUAGUCCCGACCAAUUGCUCGACGAUGUUAUCAAUAGCAACGAAAGACUUGACUUACCCGAUUAUUGUAGUUCCAAUGAACAUCUCGAUCGUCUUGGCGAAAAGGUGAUCAAGUUUAUCAAUGAAAAUCGACUGAGCAUACAGACUACAACCUCAAUCAGUAAUCAAGGUGAGCUGCCGACAACUCGUCUGCAACCGUCUGACAAUGGCAAUGAGAACACAAGCGAUGGAAAUGGCACAAGCAGACAUGAUUUAAGUCGCGAUGCCGCAUUGGAAAGAAUGACGCCAAGAACGAGUAGUGUGCGACGAAAACACCAGCACACAUUGGACAAGCCCUUGGCAGUGGAGGAACAAGCGUGCAACAAUGCGAAUGGUGAAUCCAACGAAGAUAUAUUCGAUGACAGUUGGUCGGAUGAGGAGGGUGAGGAUACCGACUACCAUUAUGGACUUAGACGCCGAAGCAUUGGACGCUUACCGAUUGGACGCGGCAUGCGUGCGCGUCGCGGGUACAAAAUACCAAUCAUACCGAAAAUUCCAUUACACAAACGCAAUGUAACCGUCGUAUCGGAUGAAGAGAACACCUCCGAGUAUAGUCACUCACCGUCCAGCCAACAUUCUACGCUCGAAAGUAAUCCUGAUGAAGUACUCAAACAAAUGAAGGCAAACAAGAAGGUGAUCAACGCUGCGACCGCCACAACAGACAGCGAAGAGGAUGUCUCGUCGAGUAGCAGCAGCGAUGAUGCUGACGAUCUCGAAACGCAGCAUGAGCGUAGACCAACUACAACAACAGCAACGGCUGCCACAGCAACACAACGACAAAGGCGCGAACAACGACAACAGCAAGCACAACAAAAAUAUGCAACAACAACCAGAGCAAUAAACAUACCCGUUGCCGAGUCAUGUAAUGUCGGCCUGUCCAACAUACCCAAACGCAGCGAUGUCAUCUCCAUACCGACAUACGAAGCGGACGGCGCAGUGGACAUGGUCUAAGCUUGUGAACGCCCAUCAACAAGUACUAAACAGGCUCAUGAACUAUACCUAUUCCACGCAUAGCUAAAAAUGUAUAUUUACUUAUACUAUGUUGUAUGAGGCUAUAGUUCCAUUAAACACAUCAAAAGUAGCAUGCAAAAACAAAAACAAAAAAAAUUAUAGGAAAACGAAAAAGAAAUUAUAAACGCAGAACAAUUUCGCUUUAGUUCAAGUACAUACAUAUGUAUCUCAGAAAAAAACUUUAAUGUCCUGUAUUUAAUAUUACAAACUACCAGUUUAUUAAGUAACCGUUACGAUAAGUGUACAACAAACAAGUCAGACAUCUUGUCAUUAGUAAUUAGUCAUAAUAUGUAUAAUUACUUACAUAAUUACAUACAUUUACAAAGGAUUGCAUUAAAUUAAGUACCCAUUACAUUGUAAUUAAGUGCUUAUUAUAUAAUAUUUAGUUUGAACAAUAAGCAAGUAAAUUGUUGUAUGUGCACAUUAUUUAAAAACAUAAAUACUUAUAUACUACACACAUGUACAUACAUAUGUAUGUAUUUUCAAAUACCGACUGUUACUUCAUUAAGAUUUCAAAGUAAUCGCAUGCUCCAUUUGCCGGAAAAGAAGCAUUUGAUCGACUGUUGAAGUCUUGUAUCGCUAGCUUUAUUAUUCGUAAUCAAUCGUGUUAUGAUAAAGGACUUUGAGAGCUCAUACAAAUACUCACUUCACUAAGGCAAAAGUAUUUAUUAUAUUACCGCAGUGUUCAUAGUAACCGUUAGUUACGAGAUUUGUAUUAAAUUGUCUCAUUUGUAUCAAAAUCUUGAAAACCGAACUUUAGAUAACAGGAAAUUCCAAAUGUACAAUGACAGAUGAGUAAAAAAUUAAAAGGUUAACUGAUGAGCAUUUGUUUUAUUAUAAGAAAAAGCAGUUUUAGUUAUGAAAAAAAUGAUCAUCCGCUGGACGUAUAGCAUUGAACCCGUUCGAUAGUUCGCAAAGGAUCGAAAUCAACAAUGCUAAAUCAGGACAAUACAUAUUUCGAUCUUUCUUUGAUGAAUAUAAUGAAUAAAUAAAAAUAGCAAUACUUCCAAGUUUUUUAAGGUAGCUUACUUGGAAUAGGAGAUAUUCGGCGUAAAUCGAAAGAGAAGAACACUAAAAAUAUAUAUUUCAAAAUACUCUGCUAUUUGGAAUUAUAAUAUAUUUUUAAUUGAAUUUAUUGAAGGUAGAUAGUUUCAUACAUUUCUACCAAAUUUAGUAGGAUCGCCGGUAACUAAUGACGAUCAUUGUUCAAAACGAUUUAAUAUAUAUUUUUUUCUUGCACAUGAGUUUUCUCUUCUUUACUUUUAAGUAAACAAAUAAAUAACGCAAUUUUUGCGUAAAAUACUGUUACAUAAGAGGAAAAAACCUUAAAGCUAAAUUUGAUGUAAAGUUCAACCUUCAAGCUACAGUAUUUUUGCAAUUUACGUGCGGUACUACGAAGCCAAAUAAGAAAUAACGCCUCUCAAAGUAUACAUAGUAGGCCCACAUUGAAACUCAUUAUAUAAUAAUGACGUUAUAUCUUUCAUAAUCCACUAAUGUUCAUCACAAUCCACGGUACUGUGACGGAGUAAAUAAUUUAAUGUUUUGCCUAUACUUAUUUGUGAGUAUCAUGUCAUAUAUACAAAACCAUUAUAAUUAAAAUUUAAAAAUUUCUCUGUCUUGUGGAAACUUUAAAUAUUUAUUAGAUGUAUGUAACCAUUUCCGCAACAACUGUUCCAUAUAAACACACAUACAUAUAUAUGUAAAUAAGUAUAUUUGUUUUUAAAUUGUGAUGCACUUAUCUCGAGUCUCGCCAUUUAUAAAGAGUUCAAGUUACUUGUUGAGCGUUUGAUAUUCAAUUACUUUUAAAAUAAAUACUAUUUAAAUUACAAUAACGCAAAAUUACAAAAAGAAAAUAAUAUUAAAACAAGAACAUCAUUAUAUAUUUAUGUAAACUGUCCAUAUAUAAUUACCUUAAGCUAUUUGUGUAUAAAGUCCAGUUAUUAAAUUGUACUUGAUUGCAAAUGUACUUAGUUUCGUAAUGGAAGCGACGAGAUUGCUUGCCUGUGCCUGCUAUUCCACGAAUACAUCCUUAUAGUUGCAUAUACGUUUAUAUUAUGUACUUAUAUGUUUUAAUAGAAAUACAUACAUCUAUUUUUAAGUAUGUGUGUAGCUCAUAUCUUUAUUUAAGUUAAGUUGUCUUAUGUGUUCACGUAAUUUAAAUACUUAAAUACAUACAUACAUACACACACA